AAUAUGGCGGCUUUCUGAGUUUUUGAAGAAAAGCUAAGGUGUAAUUCUGCACUGUAUGACAAACAUUUUGUCACAUUUGAGGUUUUAUUUUGGUCAUUUAUGACUUAAUCCACAGCAGAGAAAAGAUGUCAAGUGAAGGCAAUAAGAAGCAGUUUUGGAAAAGGAACACAGCUAAGGUCCCUGGCAGCAUACAACAUGUUUACGGAGCCCAGCAUCCUCCCAUUGACCCUCUUCUUCAUGCCAAUUUAAUUAAAGCUGGAAACAAGCCGCCGCUGACGCCAGGUAAACCAAAGAAAGCCACCACUUUCCAGGAGUUUGAGAGCAUCACGAGUGACGCCUGGGAUGUGGGGGACGACGACGACGAGCUGCUGGCCAUGGCCGCUCAGAACUUGAACAUUGAGGUGGUCAUGGAGACGGCCAACAAAGUCAUAGAAAACCACAGCAAGCUCCAGGAGAGGCAACAACAACAGCAACAGCAGCAGCAGGAGCAGCAAAUGGACGAUGUUUUUGAAUUGGACACUAAAGAGGAGGAACAGGAGGAGGAGGAGGUGGUGACUCAGGAGGAGGUGGAGGAAGAGGUGGUGGAUGGAGGUGAUGGGGAGGAAGAAGAACACGAAGAAGAAGCAGCUGAGACGGCCGCGGAGCUGUCCUUCAGCUCGGAGGCGGGCUCAUACAGUGACAGUCGACUGGUCAAGUCCUUCAGCGAGGCUCCCAUUGGGUCGCCAAAGGAGCUGGCAGGUGACAAACCUCUGCACCGGCAGCAGUCUCUUCCACAUCGACCCGUCAUCCCUCUGGUGGCUCGCAUGGCUGACCAGAACACCUCCGGCACGCCCGCCAUGACGGAGAGAGAGGCGUCACGCCUCGACAAGUUCAGACAGGUGCUCGCCGGGCCCAACACAGACCUCGAUGAACUACGGAAGUUGAGUUGGUCAGGGAUUCCACGGCAAGUUAGGCCCAUCACUUGGAAACUGCUCUCAGGAUACCUUCCAGCCAAUGCAGAGAGGCGAGAGAGCACACUGCAGAGGAAAAGGCAAGAGUACUUUGGCUUCAUCGAGCAGUACUACGACUCCCGCAAUGACGAACACCACCAGGACACAUACAGACAGAUCCACAUAGACAUCCCCCGGAUGAGUCCGGAAACGUUAGUGCUGCAGCCCAAAGUCACAGAGAUUCACAUUGACAUACCAAGAACUAAUCCUCUUAUUCCUCUCUUUCAACAAGCUUCUGUGCAAGAGAUCUUCGAGCGCAUCCUGUUCAUCUGGGCCAUCCGGCAUCCUGCCAGCGGCUACGUGCAGGGUAUCAACGACCUUGUUACGCCAUUUUUCGUCGUUUAUGUCUUUGAGUAUAUAGAGGAAGAGGUGGAAAAUUUCGAUGUUUCCAGCCUGCAGGAGGAAGCUCUGCGGAACAUCGAGGCGGACAGCUUUUGGUGCAUGAGCAAGCUGUUGGACGGCAUUCAGGACAACUACACAUUCGCACAGCCAGGAAUCCAGAGAAAAGUGAAGGCCCUGGAGGAGCUGGUCAGCCGGAUCGAUGAGACGGUGCAUCGGCACAUGCAGCAGUACGAGGUGGAGUACCUGCAGUUUGCCUUCCGCUGGAUGAACAACCUGCUGAUGAGGGAGCUUCCCCUGCGCUGCACUAUCCGACUAUGGGACACCUACCAGGCCGAGCCAGAGGGAUUCUCCCACUUCCACUUGUACGUGUGCGCUGCCUUCCUGGUGCGAUGGAGGAAGGAGAUUCUGGAGGAGAGGGACUUUCAGGUAAGGGGCUGCGGAACACGACCUCCCUUUUCUUACCCACUGAUUCAGUAUUAUCCCCGCUGCACCACUGCAGAACACCACCGCUUUGGCAUUCUCCACCAGCGAGUGCCAGUGGCCAGAGGCAUCCAUCCUCAACCCUCUCCCACCCCUCCCUCCCUCCCUCCCUCGCCCCACGCCGCGCCACACCACACCGCGCCACGCCACAACAACCACCCAUCAACUACCCACCGCCCGCUACCCCCCUGUGCCCCCACUAUACUACUACACCCCACAAUCCCAUCCAAACAGGCCCUGGAGCAGGGCACUCCACACAACCUCACACCCGAGCCGGUUAGGACGACGGCGGUCGGACUAGCGGCGGCCUGUGCCACCGCAGUGGCCGAUUUGCUGGCGGUGCAGUUGGAGUGCCCGCCGCGGUGCACGUCUCCAAACCUACACCCUCACCCAUCGCCUCCUUCUCUCUGCCAGCCCCUUUGGCACGGCCACCAGCGCUCGGCCCCCCCACAAGCCAAGCACCCUCACGCGCACGCGCCCACACGCCCGCAUGCGCCGACAAAGACACAGACACACACCGCCCCUCACAAGGCCCCCGUUACAGUCUGCAUCAGCUGGCUGGCUGCACCAAAUAUAUUUUUGUAG